AUGCUCGAAACCGGACAACCUUUACAUAUUCAUGACUAUGACAAAUUAACUGGCAAAGAAAUCAUUAUUCGGCAAGCAUUUGAAAAAGAGGAAAUAACUAUUCUUUCAGAAAAAACUUUCUCUUUAACUACCGAAGAUAUUGUAAUUUCUGCUAACCAAGGAACAAUAAGUUUAGCAGGAAUUAGUGGAAGCAGAAAAACAGCAGUAAAUAACCAAACUAUGAAUAUCUUGAUUGAAAGUGCUAAAUUUUCUCCUUAUUCGAUCAAAAAAACCAGCCAACGCUUAGCAAUUUUUACCCAUGCCAGUCAAUAUUUUAGCAAAAGUUUUAACUUGUCUUUUGGGGAUUAUGCUUUGGGUCGAGCAAUUGAAUUAAUUAGAGAAAUUUGCCAAGGAAAAAGUGAAUCAAUAGUCUGCUGA